GGCUUAUCUUUGGAUAACCAAAUGGCAAGAACAAGCUAGCAAAUUUUUUGAAAACGGUGAUGACAACGUCAUCGAGUGUUCAGCACUUACUGGACAAUCGUUGUCAAUGAAAUUUUCCUAUAACACGAAAAAGAACAACGUGCGCAUUAAAGGCGAAGAGGUAAGACUUCGAAGAAAGGCUUUCCAGAGAAGAAACUUCUGCCAAAUUGAUUUUGAAACCUGGGACGAAACGAUAAGAGCGCAAUAUUUUCUAAACGAGACUGCAACUAUCACUGAUAAGGUGCUGUACUGCUCAGCCAUAGUAGAUGUCGGUGGUUGGCCUUCUUCUUAUGGGCAGGUAUUUACAUACAAUAAAACCCAGAGCUACUAUCUACUCUUAGCUGCAGGAUCGGCUCUUACUUCCAGUCUCACUCAACAUAAAACAACGGAUGUGUCAACAAUUCUAAUGCUGUUAGCCUGGUUUUUCUUCGUACCAACUGCUGGAAUGUUUGCUCGAUUUUUACGGUCAAGUUGGCCAACACUAAGGCCUGGAGGAUUGCUUGUUUGGUUCCAUGUUCAUCGCGCUUGUAAUUCGAUAGCAAUAAUUUUAAUGACAGCUUCUUUCAUUUGUAUCUUGACCGCGAACAGUUGGAAUUGGACUGGACCAGGUUCGCACUCCGGAAGAUGGAGUGAAAUGCAUACGCUGAUUGGGAUAUUUACGUUAUGUCUAGCUUGGAUUCAACCAUUUGUUAGUGCAAUGAGAACUAGAAAACUCAACGGAAGUACAUUUAGAUGUAAUCCGUCACAUCCUCGUCGGCCAUACUUCAAUUGGGCUCAUCGCGGAAUAGGAGUUACUGCAAUGACGUUAGCCAGUUAG